GAGGUGAGGUCGCAGCUCGCUCGUCGAUCGCCCAACUGCACUGCACUGGUUUGCUCUAGCCAUGGCUGCUUCUGCCGCUUCCGCCGGCGCCGCCGUCGUGAGUGCGCGGCCGCGGGCGUGCUGCAACUCAAACUCAUCACCAUGGGCGGCUGCAUCGAGGAGGAGGUGGCGGGUGGCGGCGGUGGGGGAGGUGGCGGCGGAGGGGAACACGUACCUGAUCGCCGGCGCGGUGGCGAUAGCGCUGGUGGGGACGGCGUUCCCGUUGGUGUUCUCGCGGAGGGACACGUGCCCGGAGUGCGACGGCGCCGGGUUCGUCCGGAAGAGCGGCGCCACGCUGCGCGCCAACGCCGCGAGGAAGGACCAGGCCCAGAUCGUCUGCCCCAACUGCAACGGCCUCGGCAAGCUCGGACAGAUCGACAAGUAGCAUCCUUCCCACUCAUUUCUACCAUGAUCAUGCAUGCAUGCAUCCAUAUAUAAAUUUAUAAUCUUGUGUGUGUUGUUCAAUGUAUGUUCAUGAUCAAUAUGAUUGAUCUAUAUAUAUUAUUACUGAUGUAAGUUGGGCUAGCUCGUUUGGAAUGCUGGAAUUCCAUUGCACGUGCAUACGGUGUAUUCCCGUUCUCCAAGCCGGCUAGCUGUCUAUCGCUAUACUUCAAUAUAUAAUCAAUGUACCUGUAUCUGUAUACUAGCUUGUUGCUGGACUACUUACUGCUGCUUUUUCUUUCUGCUGA